AUGGCGUCCCUGGAUCGAGUGAAGGUACUGGUUUUGGGAGACUCAGGUGUUGGGAAAUCUUCUUUAGUUCAUCUCCUGUGCCAGAAUCAAGUGCUGGGAAAUCCAUCGUGGACUGUGGGCUGCUCAGUAGAUGUCAGAGUUCAUGACUACAAAGAAGGAACUCCAGAAGAGAAGACCUACUAUAUAGAAUUAUGGGAUGUUGGAGGCUCUGUGGGCAGUGCCAGCAGUGUGAAAAGCACAAGAGCAGUAUUCUACAACUCUGUAAAUGGUAUUAUUUUAGUACAUGACUUAACAAAUAAGAAGUCAUCCCAAAACUUGUACCGUUGGUCGUUGGAAGCUCUAAAUAGGGAUUUGGUGCCAACUGGAGUCUUGGUAACAAAUGGGGAUUAUGACCGGGAACAGUUUGCUGAUAACCAAAUCCCACUGUUGGUAAUAGGGACUAAACUGGAUCAGAUUCAUGAAAACAAGCGUCAUGAAGUUUUAACUAGGACUGCUUUCCUGGCUGAGGAUUUCAAUGCAGAAGAGAUCAAUUUGGAUUGCACAAAUCCACGGUACUUAGCUGCAGGUUCUUCCAAUGCUGUCAAGCUCAGUAGGUUUUUUGAUAAGGUUAUAGAGAAGAGAUACUUCUUAAGAGAUGGUAAUCAGAUUCCAGGCUUUCCUGAUCGAAAAAGGUUUGGGGGAGGAACGUUAAAGAGCUUACACUAUGACUGAAUGACGCUCAUCCUUUGGAAGAGUGAGCAAGCGGUGGCAGUUUUUCACAGCUUUCUUCUUCCUGUGUCGAUUAUUAAUGUCUCAGCCUUUUAAUGAAAUCAUCUUAAAAAUGCCACCCUUCAGCCUCACCCUUUAAUGGAAAACUGAAAGGAAGUAACAGCGUGGGAGGUCCAGACUUGGUCCUCAUUCUAUUUUUCACCUUUUUCCCUGUUUAUACAUUAUAUAAAAACCUUGUGGAAACAUGAGAUGUCAAAAUGAUGCAGUAAAUGAGCAGUGACAGAAUGCUGCAGAGAACAUUUACUUUUGCCUAGAACUGGAGGAUUGUUAUGGGUCUGUAAUUUUCCCACACUCAUUGCUGAAGGCUUAAUUAAGUACUUCAGAAAUGUAUCUCCAUUGUUUUACCUUCUGAGGGGAAAGGUUAUGUUAACCAGCCCUGAGUUGUCCACCCCAAACAAUCUCUGUCAUUUUCAAAGAAGCAGAAUGGUGUUAUUUAAUUGUCUCCACCUCCAUCACACACACAAGGAUGCCUAAUAAUAGCAGUUGUCUCUCUCUCUUCUCCUUUGCAAAUGGCUCAGUGGCUGGAAGAGGCAGACUAAUAGCUAGAGUUAAAUAUAAAUAGAUUAAUAAUACACAGAGAACAGCAGUACCAGUAAAGAAGAAUUCUGCAAGAAAUUGACAGCUCACUUAAUCCUUCACUCUUUAGGUUACAGCUGACUGCACCCUCUUACUUUUUUCUGUUUGAAAACAGGCAGGGUGAAAUCUAAGACCUGCACACGAGCAGCAAGAGGGAUUUACAACCUCUUCAGUUUUUAUUUUCAUUUUUGAAGGAAAAGUCAACUCCUAAAAUGUCCCUUAACUAUAGUGCAUAAACUAUGAAUAUUAUUCUUUGUGUUAACAAUGCAUUUAUGGAGAGAAGUAAAAAUAAGUUCCACAGCAACACAUUUACAUGAAUUAUGGACUAGGAUUCUUGGAUUUCAUAAUCUAAAGUUUUUCAGGGUGGUGUGUGUGUAUAUAUGCAUAACUGUUCAUUGUUACUUUUUUUACCCAUCUUUUUUGCUUGUAUAAUUCCCUUUGCCCCAGUUCUUUAUUAAUAUAUAAACCUGUUUUACAGAAACUGUAAUUUGCUGCCUUAUUCAACAACACCUUUUCACACAUAUUCUCUCUCUGGCUUUGCUGUAAGACUCCACACUCCUGAUUUUGUUUCAUAUUAAA